UAUAAUUACAAAAAGACCCUUCUCCUUCUCCACAGGUACGGUCACCGGCAACGGUGGGGCACCCACGUCGGCGGUCGGCCCCACCACCACUACCACCACCACCCUUCUCUGUUUCGCAACAUUGAGAUCUGGGUCCCGCUCGAAAAUCUUCCGUUUGAUUCGAUACACUGACAUGGGCAGUGAAUACUCAUACGGUGGUUAAAUACACGUAUAUAUGCAUAUAAACAGUAUUUGUGUAUAACGUACCGUAUGGAUCCGUUUUGAUCAUCUCUUGUCUCUAUUCGUAUCUCGUCUCUUUGCGUGUUAAGCGUUGAAUUUUGUUAGAUUCGUUCUCUCUUUCGCAAUAAUAAUGCUUUGCUGUUUCUCUCUCUCGUUUUAAUAUAUUCGAUCAGGAACUAGUGUUCCCAGAUCGAGACCAUCAAGCUAACAGAGAGAGAGAGAGAGAGAGAGAGAGAGAGAGAGAGAGAGAGAGGUCCAUUGUUAGAGAACUAGGUCUCUCUCACAAGAAAAGAAUCGAUCCACACACAAACAAAACCUUACCCAUCUGUUCUUCUCUUUAUUUUUUAUUAUUUAUUCUAAAUUCUCAUUUUCAUUUGUAUAUUUAUUUCUCUCUCUCAACCCUUUCUCAGUCUCUCUGGCACUGGUUCCUUUGUUGAUUGUAUAAUGUGGGGUGGGUGGUGACUUUGUGUUUCUUGUGGAGAGAGUGGGUUAAAAGCUCAGAGAGAGAGAGAGAGAGAGAGAGGGAGAGGGGCAGAACAAGGAGUAGCGGAAGUUGAAGAACUUGUUUAGGUAUUUAGCAACGGAAGAGAGAUAGAGAAACACAGAAAGAGUGAGAGAGAAACAGAGAAGGGUACUGGUUUUGCUAGGUGUGUCUCCGUGGUUUUGAAGCUCGGAUGGAGACUAAAGGAAGGCUCAUUGCAGGUUCUCAUAACAGAAAUGAGUUCGUCCUCAUUAAUGCUGAUGAGAUUGCAAGAGUGACGUCGGUUAAAGAAUUAAGUGGGCAGAUUUGCCAGAUCUGCGGUGAUGAGAUAGAGAUUACAGUAGACGGGGAGCCAUUUGUUGCCUGCAACGAAUGUGCAUUCCCUGUUUGCAGACCAUGUUACGAAUACGAAAGAAGAGAGGGGAAUCAAGCAUGUCCUCAAUGCAAAACCAGAUACAAGCGUCUCAAAGGAAGUCCUAGAGUAGAUGGGGAUGAAGAAGAGGACAAUACUGAUGAUUUGGAGAACGAGUUUGGAAGCCUUGGCAGACCGAGCCUCACACAUUGCUGAGCAUCCUCUCUUCUCGC